UACAAGGGCAGGUCCACGGGCAGCCAGAUCGCAAACAUCUCUUUCUGAACACGACAUAACACAGUGAAUCAGGACAUGCUCCUAUCUUUCAUUAGUUCUGCUGAGAUUCCGGGAUUACUGACCUAAUUGUCUGAAGGAAAGUAAGAAAGAGUGAUCAGUUCUAAGUUAACCGGAGAAACAAGGAUAUUAUGGCUGCAUUGGGGCUGGAGAUUGUGGGAAUAUCUCUGUCUGUUCUCGGCUGGAUCCUCAGCAUCGUGUGCUGCGCACUCCCCAUGUGGAGGGUCACGGCAUUCAUCGGUAACAACAUCAUCACAGCUCAGGUUUACUGGGAGGGCAUUUGGAUGAGCUGUGUGUUUCAGAGUACCGGACAGAUGCAGUGUAAAGUCUACGACUCCAUUCUGGCUCUCCCUCAGGACCUGCAAGCCGCCCGAGCUCUGACCAUAGUGGCCAUUGUCCUGGGCGUCCUGGCUCUUCUGGUGUCCAUCAUGGGAGCUAAGUGCACCAACUGCAUCGAGGACGAGGCAGCCAAAGCCCGCGUGAUGAUCAUUUCUGGUGUCACCUUCAUAACUGCAGCCGUCACGCAACUUAUCCCUGUCUCCUGGUCGGCCAAUACCAUUGUUCGGGAAUUCUACAGUCCACUAGUGCCUGAGGCACAGAAGAUGGAGAUUGGUGCCUCACUGUUCACCAUGUCAAUGGGAAUGGAACUUGGGGGCAUUUCCCUGGGUGUACUAGGCUGGAUCAUAUCUAUUGUAACCUGUGCUCUGCCUAUGUGGAAGGUCACAGCUUUUAUUGGAGCUAACAUCGUCACAGCACAAGUCAUCUGGGAAGGCAUCUGGAUGAGCUGUGUGGUUCAGAGCACCGGACAGAUGCAGUGUAAAGUGUACGAUUCCAUGCUGGCGCUUCCUCAGGACCUUCAGGCGGCCCGGGCUAUGUGCAUCAUUUCCAUCAUCCUGGGUGUGCUGGGUUUACUGAUCUCCAUCAUGGGGGCAAAGUGCACCAACUGCAUUGAGGACGAGUCGUCCAAGGCCAAGGUCAUGAUCGUCUCUGGUGUCUGCUUCAUCCUCUCUGGCCUCCUGACGCUCAUCCCGGUGUCCUGGACCUCCAGCACCGUCGUUCAGGAUUUCUACAACCCGUUGGUGCCGUCCACUCAGCGCAGGGAGUUGGGAGCAUCGCUGUACAUAGGCUUCGGGGCUGCUGUCCUUCUCAUCUUCGGAGGAGCGUUGCUAUGCUGCACCUGUCCACCACGCGACACCAGGUACAAGCCCCCGAAAAAAGCCUAUAACGCUCCUCGCUCCACCAGUGGCUACGGGAAGGACUAUGUGUGAAGUUCUUUAAAAGACAGGUAAAGAUUAAAUGAAGGAAGACUUCUUGAGAAUCUUCUGAGUAGACUCCGAGAUGAAGGGCUGUGUUACGCUGUUCAUAUUUGCUUUGUACUGUGUGUGCUCUGUGUGUUUGGAGUAGUUUUUUUUUAAGACUGUACCCGCUGAGUGAGAAUUGUUGCUUCUCAUUACAUUUUUGUACACCUUUUUGUCGUAUCUUUAAACCUUGCUAUGCUUUUCGAAAACUAGACUCAGGAAGAAAAGGACACACUGCUUUUUUACAUGAAUUUGCUUAUGGAAAUCAGACCAGGCGUAGACUCUCAAGUCUCACAUGCUGAUGACUGAAACCUACAUUAUUUCAGAUUUCUUCCAUUUAAAUGGACGUUUUUGUGUUUGUGUUUUUAUUUAAACUUGUUUGCAGCUUUUAUUUUAUUUUUUAUUGUAAUAAGCUUCUAAUAAAUGAUGUUAAAUAACUGGACCUGAAGCGCUACAGGUCAUGCUGUCCUUUAUUCUCUUAUAUAAAUGUUUAUGCUGUUGAA